AUGAAAGCUGUUCUUGCUCUUAUCUUCUUCGCUUGUGUUGCUGGUUCAAUGGCUACAGAUGCUCGUAGCCAAAUUCUUGAUCAACUUGCUCAAGAAGCACAAACUAUGGCACACACUGUUUUCGGUUUUCUUCAACAACAAAUUCUUGGUUUAGUUCAACAAGCUGUUGGUGAACUUUCAUCACUUGUUGCUUCAAUUGGUCUUAAUUCAGUUCUUAGUGGUCUUCAAGGUCUUCUUGGUGGUCGUCUUGAUUUGGAUAUUGGCGGCAUCUUUCAGGACCUCCUCAAUCAAGUUCUUCCAGCCAUUCAAGGAAUUGGUCAACAUGUUCUUAAUCAAGGUUUAGCUGCUGUUCUUGGUGGACUUGGUAGUUUAGGUGGACGUGGUUUUGAGGAUCUCUGGCAAGGUGUUCUAGGUCAAGUCACCAAUGCUGUCUCAACUGCUCAAAAUAUCCUUCAAAGCACUGUCCAAAACAUUGCCUCACUUGGUUCAAACAUUCUUGAUGCUUCAAAACCACACUGGGAACAACUUCAAGAACAACUUGUUGGUCAUGGUCUCAAUGUUCUUGGUUCAGUUUCAGAAACUAUCAAUAAUCUUCAUGGUUCAAUUACUGGUGGUCGUUAA